UGGCAUGGAGUGCUCUGGGUUUGGAAUCAGUCUGACCUACUUCACAAGGCUAUUGUGAAUGAUGGAUGAAAUAUGCUACUUUGAGCUUCUUGGAAGAAGGGUGGGUUUACAGCCCUCCAGCCCCAUGAAGAGGAAACAUCAGCUCAUCUCAGACGCUUUCAAGGCCAAGAAGCAGCGGUUGGCAGUAGGCCUAGAGACUGUGGAAAAGGAGGGCCCUGAAGCCGUCGAAUCGGCACUCCAGUACUUGGCGUCUCUCUUCCCUCGCAAAUUAUUCGAGGAUGCGCUGCCGCCCUUGAUCCUGAAGCACCAGGUUUACAGUCUCGUCAAAGACCGCACCACUGUAGACAGAUGUCUGAACCAACUGAAAGAAGAAGGACGGAUCCGGAUGUUCCAGCAUGGCUUCGACGCUGACAGUCUUGUUCUCACCUUCACGGACAGCUAUCAGUCUAAGGUGCUGGAGUUUGUGUCUGGGAAAGAGGUUGCCAGGACGGUGAGGAAGUUCUUGGACUCCGUCCUCAUCUCCUGCCCCGAUAUCAGUUUUGACAAGAAACGGAUGCUGACAGAAUUUGGCUUCAGUGACGCGGAGAUCACGCAGCUGGUCAAUGCGGGCGUCCUGACCGUCCGUGAUGCCGGGAGCUGGUGGCUGGCUGUGCCCGGAGCAGGCCGCUUCGUCAAAUACUUCAUCAAAGGAAGGAAAGCCGUGCUGGGCAUGAUCCAGAAGGCCAAAUACAAGGAAGUUUUGCUGUCGGAUUUGCAGAACCGCCGAGCGCCAUCCUCUGUCAAACUGGGGCUCCCGUACCAUGUCCAUGACAUCAUUGGCGCUCAGCUGGUCGACUGCAUACCAACAUCCUCUGGCACCCUUCUCCGACUGGCUGACGACUAAGCAUGUGUUGCUUCACUGUUAAGAGAAGAGUUGUGCCUGAAACAAACUGUGACCACCCCCCCACACGCGGAGCUCUUGGACUGUGUCUUCUGAUUGCACGGCCACCCUCAUCGGCGAGGGCACCAAACCCCUUUUUACGUAUGGACCAAUCUACAUUAGCACUCGAUAUGGGAGAUAACAGGCAGGGCCUGUCAAUGCUAUGGAGUCUGUGACAUAACGUUGUUACAAAAUUUGGGAGUUUUUGUAUGUGCAUUAUGAGAACAGAGUACCAUGUGAAGUUUACCCAUCUAGGAUAAGAUUAUCCUAGGCCAAAUUCACCUCCUGGAGGCAUCUUAGUUUUUCUUAAGGACUUGCACAGCCAGUUCUGAAGAGACAGCAAAGAUAAUCCCCCCCCCAACUUAUUUAUUAUUCUCUCCGAGCCUCUAUCAUCUACAAUGCCUUGAAGCUUAAUUAAAAAGCAAUGCCUUUCACUUC